CCAACCAAAAUGUUUGUAAACAUGUUUCAGAUUACACAAUAUCACAUCCAAAAAGAUGGUACCUGGAAACCUUAACACCCACAAGAACGAAGAGAGUUGUUAUGAACUUGCAUAAUUAAAGAAUUCAGGAUUGGAGGCAAAGUCUUCAUCAGCAUAGAAUUUGUGCAGCAUGGAUCUUCUUCAUUUGGAAGGUCCCUCAUCUUUACACACUGGUAAAAUGCAGCAAAAAAGCAGACAAGCCCACAGAGUAGAAACUGUGGAUAUUGCAAAAUCUGUUCAGCAGUAUAAUUAUAGUCGCAUGCAGCCACAGUCACCUCUGAAUAUUCAGCAGAAACAGCAUUUGCAUCAGACUGCAGAAGGAUUGCAUCCUGAAUCAGAUGCUCACUCAGAAUUGCGGCAGAGUGCUGAAACUUUAUUAUUGUGUAAAAGUCCAGUUGUUGUACAAAAAGCUGAAAAUACUGUGAUGGAACUGACGACAGAGGCAAUUAAUUUAAUGAAAUAUCAGGUAGAGCAGAAAGUACAGUAUUUUAAUGUUGAUCAUAAAGUUCAAGAAUUAUGCCAGCAAGAUGGAAUAGCCAAAAUGAGAUCUCUAGAAAUACAAAUGGAAAAUGAAGACUUGAGUCAAGAGAAGGACUUGCAUCUGAGAUCCAGUGGUGGACUAGCUCUAAGAGUUAAAAAUAUGUUGGACAUUUGUGGACUUCUUCAAGAACACUAUGAUAAGUUACGGCUCACUGCUGAGCAGGUUGAAAAACUUAGAAGUGAUCUUCAUGUUCGGUUUGCAUUGCUUUCAAAUGACCUGAAAAUUCAAUAUGAAAAUCUUAAGGCAUUAACUGUGGAACAUGAAAAUAACAUGGUGAAUUUAAAACACACUGUUGGAAAGGAGCGCGAGCUCAGAAUCAAUGAAAUUAUUGAUGCUAACUCUAAUUAUCAGAAACAAGAUAAUAUUUUAUGUGAGAAGAUGCUCAUACUGAAAAGUGAAGGGGAAAAAUAUUCUUCAUUGAAUAUUCAGGAUGAAGAAUUAGACAGAAACAUUACAGAAGAGGAGCUGAACUUAAGUGAGAAACUGAAACAUGCCCAUGAAACUGUACAGUCUUUUGCUUGUAAGAAUGAAACUUUGGAAACUGAUACACAUUCUUAUAAGAGUAAGAGAAAAGAUCUCAAAAAAUCAUUACACAGCAUCACAGUUGAAAGAGACUGUUUCAAGAAGCAGGCUGUUGACUUGGAAGAGUUGUUUGCAAGUGUGAGCAGUGAGGAAAAAAUAUUAUCUCAAGAGCUAGACAGUGUGAAAGAGAGACUGUCACACCAUGAAAGAGAAAGUUGUGAAAAACAUAAUCAGAAAGACACAUAUGAAACAGAAAAUCUGGAUUUGUUGCAACGAAAAAGUGAAUUUGAAGAUAAACAUAAGGAUGUGAAUAGAAAGUUGGAAGACAGUAGGAUUAAACAUGACUGUUUAACACAAGAUUUGACAGAUUUGACAAUGAAUUUGGAAAGAAUACGUUCAGAGUAUGAGAUUACUAGUGACAGCUACAGAUCUGAACUUUCAGACUUAAAAUCUGCACUAGAUGUUGUUAAUAUAGAAGCAGAUUCAAAACGCACCAAGUUGAAAGAUCAGACUAAUACUGUUAAAGCAUUUCAACAAGAAUUUGAAGAAGAAGAUGCACUCAUGAAGAGUCUUGAGUUGAAGUUACAAAGUUUGAAGGCCAGUGCAGCAGAUGAAGUAGAAAAGAUGGAAUCACUAAGUAUCCUUGUGGAGGAGAAAAAGACAAGAUUAGAAGAAGCAAGCAAAUUGUUGGUGGUGAAGCAGAGUGAGGUGGGGAAAUUAAAGAAAGAAGUUGAAAGAAAACAUAAAGAACAUGCAGAUAUCAAGAAAGAAAUGUUGAUGGCAGUAAAUAAAACAAGAGAGGAAACUAAAAUUGUGAAGGAGGAACGAGAAAAGAGGGAUUCUGAGCAUGAUAAAAAAAGACAGGAAAUAAUGGAAGGCCUUCGUGAGUGCAGAGAAGCUUCACUAAAGCAGGCAGAAGAGAAAGAAGCUGAACUGAAUGAACAAAGGAAAGACAACUGCAUGCUGAAGGAAAAGUUGAAUAAUAUUACUAGUCAUAAGGAGUCAAUAGAAAGGGAGUCAGAAAUACAGAAGAAGAUGCUGGAAUGUAAAAUAAAGCAGCUGAAACUGGAGUUGGAGAAUGAAAGCACUCCAUCUACAAUUCGGAAUAUAUCUCAGAUCUCUGAACAAGACUCUUCAUCAAUAAAGGCGAAUUUAAAACCUCCAUUGCCCAGAAAUACUUAUAACCAGGCUUUUGUGAAGACUAAAUCGGAUGAUCAAGUGAUAAGUGACAGUGACCAUAGCAGUAUUGAGUUUAGUGAUCUUGUACAGCUGUUACAUUCUGGGAAGAAAGGCAGUGAACUCCAGCACUCAGAUUCUGCAAAGAGAAGAAGAUUUGAAACAUGCCAUAAACCAGGAAAGGUACAGACUGGAGGAACAAAUGACUACCCUCAGCCUAUGUAUUGUACUACACCAUGGAAGCAUCAAGCAAAAUCAGGACGUUCCAAAAAGAGCAAAUAUAAACAACCUGAGCCAUUAGAUUUAUUAAGUUCAUUAUGAAGAUGUAGGAUGUUCCACUACUUGUAAAUUAAAGUUUCACAUCUUUUCUGAAUACUUGAGUUACAUUAUUGAAGCAGAGUGUUGUUAAGCUUUCAUUGUAUUCCUAUGAGAUCUGUUAUAAUUUAUGUUUAGACUUUCUAUACAAUCUCCUAUUUUGGAGCAAGUCGUGUGGUAGUAUAGUUUCAUUUGUGAGUUUAACUAUCAGUGAUUUUUUAUUCAAAUGAUAUAGAAUACAAUAAACUCAUGAAUAUCCAGUCUAACAAAAUUAAGAGGGAGAAUGUGUAUUCAGAAACACACAACUAGUAUAAGUGUACAGAGAUGGAAACUAAGACAAAACUAUAUAGAACAUAUUUCACUAUUUAGGUUGUCAGCUACAUAAACAAGAACCUGAAGGUUUUAUUACAAAUAUUUUAAGUGUGUUUUUGCUAACUUGUUUAUUUUUAUAACACAGUUUGAGUUUGCAGGCUUCUGCAAUGAAUGCAGUACCUGCUGCAAUUGAACAUAAUGUUGAAACACUGGAAUAGUGUGUGCUGACUAACCUACUUUUUCUGUGCUACGUAUUUGAUAUCAUUUUCACUUCUCCCACACUUGUAAUUCUGUUAUUAUACUGCACUGACCUUGCACUUAGAAACCUGAUUCUAGCUGGUCAGUUCUGAAUUAUUCAGGUUCUGCUCAUUGCAUUUUUAAACUGGUAAAAUCAGUUUCAUGUCAGAAUAUCUCUGUUCUCUUUUAUAUAUAUAUGUAUACAGGACAAAUUUCUUCCAGGGCCUGAUAAGUAUUAUGAGGUCCCCUGAGGAUCAUACUUGUGAAACACUGUGUACAUAAUUUUGCCCUGAAAUUUUCUCUUGGAAUAUCAUUCAGUGGUUGUCUUGUUUUUGAAAGAGUCCUAAUGAAACUAGUACAAAACUGCAGUUUCUUUAUAGUUGUGGUACCUUCACAAGUUUGAUGAAUCAAGGACAAAACUAAGAGAAAUGCCACAAAACCUAAGAGGAACCCACAUGAAGGGUAUAUAUAGUGGAUUAAGAAAGAAGCAUUAGUGCUUCCUGGCACAGCUGUCAUGCAAGAGCAAUAUAAAAGUUAAAGAACAAAAUUAGUAAUAAAAUUUCAUGUUACAUUUAGAAAAUAAAACAUGUUUGCUUGGUGAUGAGGUAUGGAAAAGUAACUGCUUUAUAUUCUGUACAAAGAAGCUGAAAGUGGGAAGUAUAACAAUGGAAAAUCAAGAGUUUACUGCAGUACAAACAUUUUUAGUGAAUAAUACAAAGGUCACAUUAAAGAUCUCAUUCAGUUUGAAGUUGUUGAAAGGUUGUUUUAAGUUCGUUUGAAGGUUAAAGAGGCUUUUGUGAUUAUAGAAUUACUUUUGGAAUAGGUUCUUCGCAAGUCUGAUGUGAAACGUAGUUUUUCCUUAUGUAAAAUGUGUAAUAUGUCUUUAUGUGUUGCUAUUUUUAAUUCAGAUAAUAUCUUGUAUAAAAGAUAGCGAAAUUCACUUAUUUUUUAAAAUAAUUCUAAUGAAAGUAUGGGCCAUAUGAUAUCACUAUCUUUGUAAAGCCUCAAGUUGGAGCACAGUAAAAAAUCUUAUUUAGUACCAGUUUUUGUGGAUAUAAUUUUAAUCCUGAAAUUGAAAGGAGGUUUCAUUUGCCAAUUUCGUUAUUUCAUUGUAGUCUUAUGGACAGUAAAAAUUGAAUAUAAUUUGCAGAUUUGAGAGCGUAUGCAUGUUUUAUGCAUAAAAGUACUAUGUCAUGUUCUCAGUCAGUAACUCAUGUCACAAUAGGCCAUUUUUCACAUUUAUAUACAAAACAAACAUUGUUGUAAGGAAAUUUCCAAAUUUUCAAACAAUUUUCAUUCCUCAUCUGACAUUCUUUCUAAAUAUAUUAUGAUCAUUUUAGAGCUGUGUGAAAUUGUUUAUCUGUUCAGGCAGAAUUGCCUGAUGGGCUUUUUGUCCGGUCUGCUAUGAAGAUUCAAAUUGCUUGCCGAAUCAACCAGCCUGUAGUAGCUUAAGAGACUUCAAAUAAAUCUUACCUAGAUUACAGAAGGUGCUGGAAAUGCUCACUGUCAUUAUUAGGAAUAUGUUCAAGCCUAGCACCAGUUUCAUCAUUACUGGAAGGAUAAGUUGCAGAGGAGGGGAUCAGAUCACUGAUGGCUGACUGAAGAAAAAUGGGAAGAAAUCAGUGGUAGGCUUGAACAUUGUUAUAAAAAAUCCCUAGAUGCCUUGAACAGAAUACCAGGCUUAAAGUUUUGACUCACUGCUGUCUGUGAACUGACCAUCUAGUAAAUAUGGGAGCCUCAAGUUCUCAGAACAUUGUGGGCCUCCAAAACCUGUUAGAGGGAUAGCUUUUACUAUGCUGUAUUUCCUAAACAAAAAUUUAAUGCUUAAUUGUAAACUUUUAAGGAAGUAGCAGGAAUGCUUGCCUAAAAGUAGACAUCAUUUCCAUCAUCCACAAUAACCUGGGUGUCUUAAAUGUAAUGUGAUAUUCUGUAAGCUUGGUGAUUCUGUUAAUAGUUCAAAUAUCCACUGCCUGACCACAUGGGAGUAACAUAAGACUUCCUCCUGAGAGGCUUAGCCCGGAUGAAAGCGCCUAGUAAUUAAUUACAUUUCAUAAAAUGUAGAUUAUCAAAAAUUUCAGCUUAUUAAGUGUACAUUUAGUUCUGUUGGUGUAUCAAUGUUGUUUGUUAUAAUUUUAUUGAAAUUAAAGUUUUCAGUGUGUCUAAAAUAAAAUUUUGAAACUGGUUUAUUUGCAACUUGUGUUUGACAUUCAUCCUUUUUUUUGGGGGGGGUUUAACUUGUAAUAAAACUGGGCAAUAAUCAAAAGCAGUCAGUGGAGCCAGAAACGUAGAGUGUUGAAGUCACCUUCCUGACAUCAUGUAGAAAACGUUUUUAUUAUUAUAAUGAGCUUUGAACUCAGAUGGAAUUAAUACUGGUAAGACAUAAGGUAGUGAAAAUUUGGGAAAAUUGCAUUUAAAUUAAAUAAGAAAUUUGUUUUGAUUUGGAAAGACAGAAGUAAAGUAGAGAAACAAUGAUAAUGUUAAGUUCAGAAAGAAAGCAACAUAUAAACAAGAUUUACUGGGGGGAAGACAAAUAAAAUAAACACUAUGACUGAUGGAAUAAAUUAAUGAAUAAGGACUUGAGAGAUAUUCAAGGCAUGUGAUUCUUGUGCCAUCAACUAUUUUUUUAUUUAUAAAUGAUGAAGAUGAAUAGUGUCUAAGAAAAUUAUAUACACUCAAGAGUAUUAAUGUAGGUAUCUCUGACCUGGAGGAACAUACACACAACAGUCCUCAAGUGGGGGUUGCAGUGUGUAAGUAUAACAAUUGCACUGUCAUUUUGGCUUGUCAGUUUACAGGAAUGGGGCAUAGUUUUAAAAGAUUCAUAAGUUAGAAGUGGACUGCAUAUGUUCAGGACUAGAAACUUCUAUUUUAGAUACUUGAAGCAGACAUCUGUAUUUUUGAACCAUGCACCUAUGACAGUUAUUACAAUACUAAAAUAAUAUAGAAGGCAGUAAAUGAAAACAGAUUAAUGAGUGGUAAUUCGUAAUUAAUAGAUGAAUCUUUCUCAUGGUUGAUGCACUGUAAAUUGAAAAAAUUACAUUGGGAAAUUCAUGUUAAUCAUUUCAAAUUACCCCAUUACUAACCAGUUCAGGUCAUUGAUAGGAGGGCAAUGAAAGUGUAAAAUGAUAUGUACAUAUCUAUCAAUUACAGUAUUGACAAAAUUUUGCUAUCUGUUGUCACACAAAGAAAGUAUAGCUACUUUGUAAUGUUUUCACUUUUGACGUUGUACAAGCUUUAAAUUACAGAAACAGAAUUAACACCGCAACAUACUCACUUUUCAGUAACUAGUGCAGAUAUAAGAAUGUGUCUAUAUUAUUGACAGUUAAUUAAAUUUCAGAUUAUAGGGUGAAAAUAACUGCUAUACGGCAAAAUCACGUCACUGCAACAAAAUAUCUCAACUUCCAUUUAUUAAAUUACUUUCAUAAUUUAUGAGCACUGGAAUGGAUGAUUUGAAUGAGUUCCUGAGAAAUACUCAUAUAUAGUUCCAUUCUUCAGGGUACUGUGAAGGUGAAGGCAGCACAUUUCUCCAAAAAAUUUGUACUACUACUACACUGCAUUAUAUCACAUUCCAGAAGUCCACAAUCUUAAUAUUCAUGAUUUUGCGAACCACAGUUCUUGUAAUAUUGCAGUAAUUCACUGUGAAAUAAACAUUCACUGUCAUAAAAUGAUGAGUAUUUUUGAUAACAAUAAGACUUAACCAACAUAGGAAAAGUAGUAAGUUGUGUAUAUUAUUAACAUUUUUUAAUAUCUCUCUUGGAUGGUGGCUGACGUUUACCUAAGCAUUCAUGCAGUCUUCCCUGCUAAUGCAGGUACAUCCUGAUGCAGAUUAUAUUUUUAACCCCAAUGAAUUGGAAAUGGUUUAUAAACCUAAACCUGAUCACAUGCUGGUAAUAAAAAAUGUUCCUUCAAGAUAGCAUGCGUAGAAAAAUGUGACAUUAUACAGGAUGUUUCACGACUUUAGGGCAUAACUGCAGGAGGUGAUUUCCUAG